UUUGGUUACAAGUUGGUGGUGGGCAAACAUGCCUUUGAUAGUAUUAUGUGGUUAUCCACUGAGUGGAAAGACAACUUUUGCUCGUAAACUUGAAAGUAUAUGUGAACAGAAAAAAGUGGCUUGUUUCUCGAAAAGUGAUGGAGACCUUAAUGAACCGAGAGAUCUCCUUUACAGAGACUCCAAAGCAGAGAAAACGACGAGAGCAAGACUUCGGACCGAAAUAGAACGCGUCUUGGACAAAGAAUCUUUGGUUAUCUGUGACUCGCUAAACUACAUCAAAGGUUAUCGAUAUGAGUUGUUUUGUCUAGCACGUUCGUUGAACACACAAUAUGCUUUGGUAUUCUGUAUAAGCUCCAGGGAACAAGUGAUGCAACGAAAUUAUCUUCUCAAACAAGAAAACGGAGACUACUAUUCCGAUGAAGUUUUACGAGGUUUGAUGGAACGGUUCGAACCCCCGUUAUCGGAGAAUCGUUGGGAGCGGCCUCCUUUUGUAGUUGACGAAAAUACUGACGUGGAUAGGGAAUGCGAACAAAUCAUUUCGUUUUGCAAAGACGCAAAGGUAGCUUUGCGAGCUGUUAUUGCAACAAAGAAACUGCCUGUAACUGCUAACAAUAUUUUGGAACAAGCGGAAAAGGUGACUCAACGAAUUGAAACACAGAUAUUUGAAAGAUGCGAGCCCUAUAUUCCUUUACAACUGGCAGAAUCUUCGCAUGUCUUUCAAUCCUCUAGAAAAGUGACUUUAGCUGAGUUAAGAAAAAUAAGAAGAAGCUUCAUGAGAGUGAUUCAGAAGAAUCUUUCAUCUUAUCACAGUGAAAGGGAAAUAGCCGAUAGUUUUGUGGAAUAUCUAAACACACAGCUACAGCAAGCACGACAUUGAUUUUUACAUAAACGCAUAUUUCGAUAAAACAAAAACGCACACG